CUUUUCCUUUACUGCAUUUUAAAGUCAAAUUAUAGGAUAUAUUCAGAUGUAUACCAGAGUAUGUAUUUUGUAAAAUGUUCUGGAUUAAAGAUUUGUUUGUAAAUUAUCCACUGUUUUUCAGUAUAGCUGACAGAUGUGACAAAAUUUUCAUUUCCUUACCAUGAAACCUUGAUGAUCAACAUGGGGAAAGCUGAUAUUGUAGAUCUUUUAGUGAAUUUUAAAAGUACAAAAUAAAGCAACCAAGUUUAAAUAAAAUUAUAUAGAUAUGUAAAUAUCUUACAAUAGUAACAAAAACACACCAAAGUAAAAAAUUGGCUGAAUAAUUUGGCAUCAUGCUAUAUAACUUUGAAGACAACAGGGAUAUGUGUCAUGUCUAUUUAUUGAAAAACAUAUAUAUAAAAGAAUAAUUUUGCAUGGAAAAUAUCAAUAGAAAUAGUGAAAACAGACAAAAGAAUAGAGUAAAAAAAUAAACACAGCUGAUUUAAAGUUGUACAAAGUAGUCAUUGUCUUUUCUUUAAUGUGGUUCAAAUUCAUAGUGAAAUUGAAUUUCCUGUUUUGGAAAUGGUGCUGUUUUCCCAAUUCUUCCUGAGCCAAAACUUUAAACAACAUCAUGACUUUAUUUUCUUGUAGAUUAAUUCUCAGAACAUCAUAAUAUCUCUCUUCAAACAUUAAAAAAAAAAAAAAAACAUUCAAGGGUGGUGAACCAAUAAGUAGUUCCUGCUCUGCACACAGCUCCAAAGGUGUAGUAGGCCCCAACCACUAGAGGAAGAAGGAAGUUCUAAGAUGUUAAAUACUGAGGCCAGCUUCCCUAGGUAAGCUUAGUGGUCUGACUUUCCAGUCAACAUGAAGGCUUUUCUGAUUCUGGGGCUUCUUCUCCUUUCUGUCACAGUCCAGGGCAAGGUCUAUGGAAGGUGUGAGUUGGCCAGAACUCUAAAAAGACUUGGAAUGGAUGGCUACCAUGGAAUCAGCUUGGCAAACUGGGUGUGUCUGGCCGAAUGGGAGAGUAGUUACAACACCAGAGCUACAAACUACAACCCUGGAGACCAAAGUACUGACUAUGGGAUAUUCCAGAUCAAUAGCCACUACUGGUGUAAUGAUGGCAAAACCCCAAGAGCAGUUAAUGCCUGUGGUAUAUCUUGCAAUGUUCUGUUGCAAGAUGACAUCUCUCAAGCCGUAACUUGUGCAAAAAGGGUUGUCCGUGACCCACAAGGCAUUAGAGCAUGGGUGGCAUGGAGAAACCAUUGUCAAAACCGUGACCUCACUCAGUACAUUCAGGGGUGUGGAGUGUAACUGCAAAAUUUUCCUUCCUUCUUCAGUUCAUUUUGUCACUUUGCCACAUUAAGGGACACACUGCCACUAGUGUAAUGUGUCACACUACCAUUGUUUCCCCUUCAAACAAGUAGCAUUUUUACAGAAGCAGGAACAAAAUAUAGCCUUUCUCCUAAGAGCCAUACCUUUCAUAAUUUGUGUUUUACUUAAUAGUAACCCCCCAUUUUCAGCUUACUAAUAAAGCUAAUGGUGGUGAAAACUUACCUACAACCUUGAUUAUCAAAUAAUCUACAGUACAUUCAGUUUUUAUUAUAGAUAUAAUCAAGACUUAAUCUUAAAUGAUACGAGUAUUUCCCAGUAUCAGACAAUAAUACAACAACAGGCUAUCUAAAAACCCAUGGAAUUUAGGCAAAAUCCAAGCUGUAUAGCAUCUAUAUAGUCAUCUCCAAAAAUAGGAAAAAUAACCACUCUUUUGGGCAAUAUAAAAUUCUUAGAGGCGUGGAAAGCCCACCCUUAAAAGUGAAGACUGACUGAAGGAAGAAUGUGUUUGCACAAAGUGUGUGACCUUCUGUUUAAGAAUUUUCAUAAAAAAAGUUCCAUUUAUGCAGCUUUACAAACAGACUCACAAUUUAUAUAUCAAUCUGUUUUAAGCUUUGAAAGAACACUUACCUGCAUCUGACUGAUCAUGAAGCCAUUAAGGAGGGAUUAAAUGGGCUGUUGCUAUUCCCCAAUUUUACUAACUUAAAUUCAUGCAUUUCAUCUAAAUCUGAGACAGAUAAGCUUGCAUUACUAAUUAACCACAGGAGUGAAAUUAUGCAUACUGUAAAAAUACAAAUGUUAUCAUUAAAUGGUUGCAUUGCA